AUGUGCACCAAAUCCGUUCCCCAUGUUGCCAUCCAGCUUCAAGAGUCUUCACAGAACCCUGCUCCUCUAGAAUAUGAUCUUGCUCUCCUCGUCUGCCUAAUUGAAGAUUCUGACCCGAUGGUACAGGCGCGUGCUAUCAGCCUUUUGGCUAGUCUGAUAGGUACUAUAGAGCCUCCAAGUAGUGAAGGGGCUCUCAAGAUAGCUUUAGGCCAUUCUGCUUCAACUCCAACAAUGCUAGGAAGCAUAAAUCUUGAUAAUCGUGUAAUUACAUUUAACUCCAAAAUAGCUCUUGGAGCAGCGAUGCUCCAGCUGAGUCAUGCAGAUCAGGCAAUUCGUCAGGCAGCAUGUCGCACGGCCGGAAACGCCGCCUAUUCUGCACCAGAGCUUUAUCCUUUCCUAAGACCAGCGAUACCAUUUUUAGCUGGCAUGCUAAACCGCGAAGGUUCAGCGAGAUUGCGAAUAAAUGCGGCAGGUUAG